AGAGAAUCAGCAUUAAGUCUAUAACUUUUUUUAUUUAGUGCUCCUUUUCUUUUAAUGAUUAAUGUUAAUGUUGAUCAUUUAGAGUUUAUACAUUUUGGAAACGAACUUAAAUGGAGGUGAUUUAGUUGUGUAGUAUAGCUCAUGCCAUGAGGGAAAUGAAUAAUAGAGGAGAAGAUUUGGUUUCGUAAUUGGGAAUUCAAAAAUGGGAGUCUGUUGAAGGAUUCUUCAAAGUUCCGUAUUGAGCUGACAAAAAAAUGAUGCCUAUUUGUUCUGCUACCCCAAGCUGUUCUUCUCAUUCACUGGUUUCAUUCCAUGGAGGUCUGCGGCCCUUUUGUCCAUUCAGGAAUGAUUUAGAUUACAGAUGCAUCACAGAAGACAGAUCUAUUUUUGGUUUGCCAAAUGGAACUCAUCUGCAAAGAAUUUCUUUUAAGACGCAAGCUGCAAAAUCUUUAUAUUCCCAUGUUAAUGAUUGGACCUCUGCGAUUGGUGAGAAAUUGGAGCGUAUAGGAAGUUAUAGCAUAUCUGCUACGGAAGAGGGACUGGCAGACAUUACUGACCUGUCACCUGAGAGUGCAGAUAGUUUAACAAGUGCUGUGGAACCUGAUAUCGUGUCUAGUGGUGUUAUAACACCACAAAGUUCCAGUGUGGUAUUAGAUGUGGAAAAUAAUUCAUUAUCCAGUGUGAAGACUGGUUUUGAAAAUUUAUUUGAUGGUGUUCGGGACUCCUUGAGCACUUCUAUUAAUAAGGGAGAAAACGCUUUGCAAAGCUCGCUAGAUACAAUUACUUCAUCGACCACGUCAAUUACUAAAAGUGCUAAUGAAACAGUGGAUAACGCUUUUAAUAGGAUCUUUUCAGCUGUAGAUCAAACAAAAGGAUCUGCUAACAAUAAAUUGACUAGCUUUUCAAGCGACUUGAAGGUAGCUGCAAGUAAAGCAGCAGGCUUUUCGGUUGAUGUGCUGAGAGGCACAAUAGUUGCAGUGGAAAAUUCUGUAACAAAAGGCGCUUCGUUGAUUGUUUAUUCUUAUGGUUCUGCAAAGGAGAUGCUUCCUCCAGAGAUCAAGGAUGCUCUAAAUUUUUCUGAAGAAAAAACAGUCCAAAUAUUGAGUCCAGUUGGUGCAGCUUCUCAACAGAUUUUUACUGCUAUAGCAGAGCUGGAGAAGUUUAUUGGCUUAGAUCCAAAUGAUCCAGUUGUUCCAUUUUUUGUUAUUCUCGGAACCUCGGCCAGCCUUUGGGUUUUCUAUCGGGUGCGGGUAUAUGGUGGUUAUUCUGGAGACUUAACUCCUCAGUCAACUUUAGAGCUCUUAACUGGGAGGGAGGAUGCUGUUCUCAUUGAUGUUCGGCCCGAGGUUCUAAGAGAAAGAGAUGGCAUUCCUGAUCUUAGGCGAGCAGCUCGAUCUCGUUAUGCAAGUGUAACUUUACCAGAGGUUACUGGGCCUGUACGAAAGUUGUUAAAGGGUGGGCGAAAUGUUGACAACAGCUUGAUUGCUGCAGUUAUUCGGAACUUGAAAGUUGUUAAGGACAGGUCCAAGGUUAUAGUUAUGGAUGCUGAUGGUACUAAUUCCAAAGGAAUUGCAAGAUCCUUGAGAACACUUGGGGUUAAGAGACCGUAUUUGAUGGCUGGCGGCUUCCAGUCUUGGGCGAAACAAGGUCUUAGAGUUAAGGAACUUAAACCAGAGACAGCACUUACUAUACUGAAUGAGGAAGCUGAGGCAAUAUUAGAAGAGCUUAGACCAUCUCCAAUACAAGUCCUUGGGUAUGGUGCGGGUUCUGCUGCAGCUUUGUAUGCAAUAAUAGAGUGGGAGACGACAUUGCAACUGAUUGCUAUUAUCGGCCUUGCUCUGAGUAUUUAUGGGCGUGUUUCAGAGUAUGCAAGUCCUGAAGACUUCAAGCGAGAUGUGGGGUUGCUGCUUACUCCUGUAAAAGUGGGAGCUGAAGCAUUUUCAUGGGCAGCUGGAAAAUUAGAAACCAACGGCAUCGGACUCCCAACAUCACCUUCUUCAUCAGCUGUUCAAAACCGGGUUUUGCAAGCUGCUGCGAAGCAUGAAUCUCAACCGUCUGAUACUGAAGGAGUACAGAAUCCGUCUUCUGAACCAGCGAAUCCAUUAAAUGAGAAUGUAGAUUUUUCAGAAGCAUAGAAUGUUUGGUUUGUCCUGAUGCAUUCUUCUUAAAUUUCAGAAGACAUUUAAUCCUUACAAUGUAUAAAGAGAACUAAACAUCUGAGUACUUACCUCGUCGAAAAUAACUUCUGUACAUUUUAUCAAAUCAAAUAAAUUUCACAGGUGAACCUGCGUUCCUGA